GUGCUAUUUAAGCUACAAACAAAUGGUAUGGGUAACUUGGUGGAAAUGGCAAAAAUUUUAACACAUCUAAAAUUAACCAAGGAAAAGUUUACUGAUAUGUGUAUUGCAGCUGGUUGUGACUACAUAGAAAAUAUCCGAGGUAUUGGCAUAAAUAAGGCUAAGAAAAUUGCUUGUGAGAACAAAAAUUAUUUAAACGUGUUCCAGUCAUUGCCAUUUGCUCCAACUGACUACAAGAAACGGUUCCAACAAGCACAAAUGGUUUUUCACCACCAGACAGUCAUUGAUCCUGUCAAAUAUGAAACAGUCCCAUUAAGUCUGUUCUUCGGUUGUCCAACAGUCUGCCAUUGUGUAUUGUGUAUUGUGUCUUGCUCAUUUUGACACAAUUAUUUUUUCCAUUUGAAAUUUUUUUUUGCUUCUCUUUUGCGUUUAUUAUUUCGUUGCCGCUUUGUUUUUUGUUUGCCUGGCGUAUGGGACUCUGGGAUGCACGAACGCUUCCCCAAAAUAGCGGGAGAACAUGAACUCUGGACAAGAAGACCUGAAAUUAGCAAAGGAAAUAUCAUGAGAUAAAAGACCAAAAAUAUAUACAAUAUUGAGGGGCGCUAAGGGGCGCUAUUAAAUAUGGUCACAAAUAAUGGUCAUAGAUUAUGCCAAUUGCAAUUUUAAAUGUGAUGUGUGAACGGUUAAGCUGUGACAUGUAAAAGUAAAUGGACCAGUGUAUUUGGGAAAAAUACACGAGUUUACAAUCAAAUGAUAUUUUUUAUCGAAUUCCAAAAAUUAUCGAUUUGAAAAGUAACACGGCAUAACAAUAUUACAUGUAACUUCCUUUUUAAUAAAAAACAAAAAGUUUAAACUUUAAAACGUGGCAGAAAAUAGAGCGCCAACAUACCUUUAAUCGUGCUAGAAAUCCGCCAUCUUUAAGAAAAUAUCCAAAAUAAUGCAUUGCGGUCGCAGUGCGCACACCGCCUGGGCACUCAGCGUAAGGUUUAGUAAAGUUUUAAGCCCUGUGAAGGCCAUGAUUUAGGGGCUGAUUACAUGGACCGAGCCAGCCCGGUUAACCGGGCUGAAAAAUGUCACGAAAAUCUUCCUUGGGCCGCAAAAUGAGUUUUAAAUCGGGUUUAGGAUGAUUUUGCAUCUAUACUAAACCAAUUAUUUAUCGCAAAUUUAUUUUACGCGAGUUUUAAAACCACAGCAAGGUCCUAAACAAACGAGUCAGCCCGGUUAACCGGGCCAGCUCGGCACCAUGUAAUCAGCCCCUAAGUGUAUAAAAUAAUGUGACUGCACUUCGUGCGUUGUUCACUCAAUGGACUUUGACCACUGUAAGUUCUAUAUUUUAAUUUAUUAUAAAGUUUUGGUUUCUUUGUUUAAUACUGUGUAUACAAUGUGGUAAAUGCGCCUAGCAGUAUUAGACUUAAUAAUAUGAAAUCAGAUAGCAAAAACAUGUGUUAUAUAAUUCAUCUGUACGUUUUAAGAAUGCUUUGUCGUUUGUAUUUAUACGCGUACUAGAGCAGCGCGUAUUAAAUUCAACAAAUUCCACUUCAUCUUGAAAAUAUUAUAUAUUCUUGCUUAUGAUUUAGUGAAUAUGAUUUAGUGAAUAUUAACACGCCUAUCUGUAAUCUGUGAGUGCUCUUGAACCCGUGCAUGGUCUUGGCAACAAAUGCACAAAUCGAUUCCGUAUUCCAUAAGUUCCGACCACAGUGCUCACAAGUCGCCGGCUCGCUGCGAGUAAUAACUGCAUGCUUUAUGUAAUUUGUACUAUUUUUAGUUCUAUUUGCUCUUGAUUCCCGCGGCAAUCCCUACCUUGCAGGUACCCUUACUAGUACAAUACAUUUUAUCAGGGUCCCAAAAAUUUUGCCAGGGGGGGGGCAAAAUUUUGCCAGGGGAGGGGGGGGGCGGGUCCCCUGGCCCCAGCCCUGGCUACGCCUCUGCAUGCAUCCUAUCUAAAUAUCCCGCGCACAUCACAUCAGGCCUAUUACUCAGUCUGUACUAUUUUUUAUUAUUUUUAGUACUACGUUGCGCCGUUCCACUUUUGUUAUUUAAUUAUAAGUGUCACAGACUAUUUAUGACAAACUCAAAACGUCAUUUUCUGUUAGGCAUGUUAUAUACAUAACAAAAUUUUGCCUUUCAAUAUUUCAUAUUGAUGAGUUUUUCAUUAAAUUUCCUGUCUUCGAAUUGUGUAGAAGACACUACACAUGAUACUAUGAUGAUAAAAUCAGAAUAUCGGAAACAUCGUCCUGCAUUUCACUUUGAUAUUUUACUUUUAGAAUAGCACAAGUUAUAACGCUGAGCUGUGGACGACACGGAAUACGACUUACCAGUUGGAUUCCAGUAAUUUUGAUGCCAAUGUCACAGCAGUUUGUUUGACGUCUGAUAAUUUUGGAAUUUCCUUUCCGGUCCAAGCUCCGAACCUUCAUAGUUUAUUCUUCGGGAAGAAAGCUCUUGAGUUGAAUCCUCGGGAUUGGAUUAAUGGUAUAACGGCUGAUGGUGUCGCGAUAAAUCAUUUUCAGUCAGGUUGCUACGAAGUAGGCUUCAAUGUUGGAGACAAGAAUGAGAUACAAGCGCGUAUGGGAGUUGUCAGCAGAAACAAUUCAGGUUAGCAUCGAUUAUCUGAGGAUCUUUACUUGGGGGCUGGGGGGGGUGUCUAGAUCCCAUUUCGCAGCCCAAACGUUCUCUUAAUCUCAUUUCCCAGCCCUUUUUCAGUUCAAAUCCCAGUCACACUAGGAAAUUGAAAGAAGAACGCCGAGCACGUGGUUCAUCUAUGUGAUGAACUUUUUACACAAUUCUGCGUUUGGUGGAUAAUCCAAGUGAUCAUAUAUGUACACAAUUUAAGAAAAAUGCAACACUAGCUCCUUUGGCAGGAAUUGAACUUGCGAUUCCUGCGUUCAAUUGCCCUCCUUAGAAUUAUAGUUUUGCCAGAAAAAAGGUAUAUGACUGACUUGCAGAGGCAGGAUUAUACGUCGAAUUUUGUCGCCUCGAAUGCAAUUAUGGCAGUAGAUAAUGAGAUGAUAAACCUCAUUAAUUAUAAGCUUCAUUAUCUCUUGUUUUAAUUGCAUUCGACCCGACCAACAUUCGACGUAUCAAACAAGCCUAAGGUUAAAUAUAUUAGGUUUUCCUGGACGGUUUACACAAAUUCUCUAUUAAAAGCUGUUGUAGCUCUACAGAGUGUUCUUAAAGUUAUUUCACUUUAAAAUGUCCAACAACUGUCUUUAUAAUGCUAUGUUGGUUUUGCCAUUUUUGGGGCUUUCAUACCCAGUCCCAACAACCCAAAUCCCAUGUUUCCAGUCACAAAAUAGGAAAAUCUCCGUUCCCAUGUUACCUCAUCAAGACACUGUUAUCUAGCCCCUUACCGCUUUGCUGAAACCAUGGGUAAUAAAAUAAAUGGAUAGGAAACUAGCUGACGCGUGACCUAAUGUUUUCAAUGGGCUGAUGAGCGUGGAUGGAUGUCCCAACCUAGUUGAAAACCAAAUUCUCAAAAACGGCAUGUUUAGCAAUAAUACAGCUAAACAAUUUAGUCAAAGAGCAAAUAAAUAUACCCACGCCAUUCUACGAUGAAAACUCUAAGUAUUCUUAGUCAAUUUUAGCAAAUAUUUCAAGCACUAAACAGUGAAAAAUACACCACAAAUUUCGUUAGAAUUUGUGACGCCAAUUUCGUAGCUACAAAUGUAAAAAAAUACAAAACAAAGACGAAAAACAUUUACCUUGAAUAUUUUGUCGUGGCUUAGGCAUGUUUUUAAAACAAUUAGACCAGUUUAUGCUUCAAUAUCACCCCUUUAAAUUGGAAAAUAUAGCAAAACAACAAAAAUGCCGAGAACUUUGGUAAUAUUCGCAAUACGCGUGACGUCACGUUUUUCAACAAGGUUGCGGCCAGUGACGUCAGAAGUUUCCUAUCUAGUUAUUUUAUAAUCCAUGCUGAAACGGAGCCAUGUGCGAGAGUGAAGCAAUCGUUGGUAAAAAAGAUAUAUUGUGAGACAUUGCAUAUUUUGCCAACAUCUACAAAAAGUAGAAAACUGUCUGCCUAUACAGAAAAUUAUUUGCUUACAGUCAAAUUUUACUCGAAUUUUUAAUAAAAUUGGCUUAAUGUAACGUACGUUACAAAACGCGGAACCUUUUCUAAGGUUUAGUCAGCACUGUUAAAGUCACGAUUUUGUACAUGCCCACAAGAAUUAUAUAUUAUAAUAAUUUAUUGAUUUGUUUCUUGUUGUAGCUAUAACACUGACAAUAAUAUUAAUUUGUUUCUUUGAUAAUACAAUUCACGUGGCUGCAUCGUGAUCCCGUGGAAAUUUAUCACUGCAGUUAUUUAUACGUUCUUUUAUUCUUUUAUAGGCUGCAAUUUAUCUGAAGUUCAAGGUAUUGGCGUCGGUAUACGUGUUGCAGGGAAAGAAGAAUAUAACAGCGCACAUGGUAUCAUUGUCGGUGGGAACUUGACGCUCGCCUAUGAUCACUUCAGAAUCCUUGUGCGCUCACGACCUUGGAUAGAUGAGGGUACAGCAUCUCCAUAA